CAUUUUUUUUUAUCAUGAAGCUUAUCAUGGAGCAUGGUCACAUAGUAUGAACCUAUCUGUAUAUAAAGGAUCUCAUCCACCAGGUACAUCAGGGAACUCCCGACAACAGCAAACUCUGUACACUCAAAGACAAACCACGGAGAAUGAGUGACAUCUUAGAAAAUUCCUUGAUGGAUCAUCUACAGAAACUUCAAUGCCAUUUUACUUGGGACCUGCAUGGAGAAGAUGUAGACAUUGAUAAUGUGGAAGAAAGGGUAAAUGACCAGCUUGUGUAUUUACCAGAUGCACUCAAACACAGGAUGUAUAACCUCCUGGCUUACCUAAAGCAUCUCAAAGGAGACCAUGAGGAAGCCAUGAUCCAGCUCCAAAAAGCUGAGGCACAGAUCCAAGAAUCCAACAUAUCAGAAGAUACAGAUGUUAGGAGAACUGUCAUGUAUGGUAACUUUGCCUGGGUUUUCUACCACCAGAACCAGUUCACCGAGAGCUCCACCUAUGCAGAAAAGGCGGAGACCAUUUUAAAGCAAUAUGAGUCUCCUCCAGAGAAAAACACUCUUCUGUCAGAUAUAUAUGGUGAACAAGGUUGGACUUACUUAUCCUUUAUAGGAAAAUACUAUCAACAAGCUGUUGAGUGUUUUGAAAAAGCUCUAGAACUUUCCCCAGAAGAUCCAGAAUUGAAUUCAGGCCAUGCAAUGGCUGUCUAUAGAUUAGAAAUGUUGAGCUUCAGCAGCAACAACACAGAAAACAAAUCUGUUCCACUCUUGGAACGAGCUGUUAGAUUAAAUCCCAGAGAUACAGUGGUGAAGGUUCUCCUGGCUUUGAAAUAUCUAGAUAUGAAGAACUAUGAUCAAGGAGCUAUUUUAAUAGAACAAGCUCUACAAGAACAACCAGAAUCUCCUUAUGUUCUUCGAUAUGUGGCAAAAUGUUACAUAAAAAACAGGCGGAUAAAUGAAGCUAUUGCAAUGUUUAAGAAAGUUCUCAGUUUAACUCCUAACUCCAGCUCUGUUCAUUAUGAACUUGCCAAGUGUUAUAAAAUUUUGAUAAAAAUGCCCACCUGUUACAAUAAGCAGCAAAAAUCUGAAGCCAUUGAAAAUGCAAUAUUUCACUUGGAAAAGGCUGUCGCGCUAAACAGGUUAUUUGUGCCAGCUCACAUUUUAUUGGCCCAAGUAUACAUAAAAGGUAAUCAACACCAAAAGUCAAAAGUAGUAUUUGACAAAACUCUGAUUAUGAAUAAUAUCAGCCCUGAACAGAAACAAGAGCUCAAUUUAUCCUGGGCACAACAUUUAAAAAAUUCUAGAAGAUCUAAGUCUGAAGCAGUAAGGCAUUAUAAGGAAGUGAUAGAGAUACAAAGUCUAUCAUUAUUUAGAGAAACCGCCAUUAAAGAACUGGAAAGCCUUGCUGAAACCAUAAUUGUCCAAAAUCCAAUGGAUGCCACUGGACAUGCUUUGCUUGGGUACAUCCACCAGCAAAGAGGACAGGACAUCUAGCAAUGAAGUUCUACAAUAAAGCUCUUCUACUGGAGCCAGACAACCAGCAGUACUUAGAAGCUUGUUCUGCUUUGCAAGCCACAUUAUCAUGACAUAAUAUAUUUCUAUAAAAUUAGAAGAUGAGAAUGUACUAACUACAUGAAGCUAUAGCAGCCAUUAUUUCUUCUGAUCUUAACUGCUCUGAAUAUUAUAAAUGUGCCUAUGAUUACUACACUUUGUAGUGAUUUUGGCAAGGCCCUAUUGCAUAAAUUUAGUGAUCUUAACUAAUAAUAAAUUAACAACAAAAUAAA